AUGUCAGCAGUUCAGUUAUUAGCAAUUGGAACCAAUGCGAAUGUGGCAUUUUAUGCAUGGAGAUUUUAUCAGACAAAAUCUGUUGAAGUUAGCAUUGUUAAUCCAGAUAUAGUCAGAACACGACCAAUAUCAUGGGAAUCCAAAUACCUUGGAAAUUCUCAUUAUACACCUCAUCACAUUUAUAAUUCUACUGAAGAAAUUCCAAACAAUAAUACCUAUGAUAUAAUCAUAUUAAGUUGUCCUUCGUUACAAGAUUUCCAAACGACUUUGGUCACAAUCACCCCUUUAGUGGAUAAAGAUACUAUCAUCUUAGUUGAACUGACUGGUUAUAUAAACCUUGAACCAUUUAUUCAAAUGACUUUAUCAAAUACCGCAGUCAUGUCUUUAAUGAAUGAGAGUGAUGUUAGAGUAACUUCAUCUAAUAAAUAUUCUCAUCAAACUAGAAAUAAUGAUACCAGGAUUUAUUUUGGUACUAGUUUGGGAUCUAAAACAUUAACAUCUAAUCGUAAUUAUCAGCGUGUUUAUAAAUUAUUACAAGAUGCUCAAGAGGAUUCUAAAAGUUCAAUUAGUUUAUUGAAAUCUUUAACACCAAAGGAAUUUAUGACAUAUCAAUGGAAAUUGGCAUUACCUCGUAUAAUAUUCAAUCCCUUAAUGAUUAUAUUCGAAUCAGAAUUCCCAGAAGAUUUAUCUAAUCAAAUUUUAUGCAAGCCCUUGAUAACAGGUCUAAUCAAUGAAUUAUUGAAGCUUAUCAAAAAGAUGGGAUGUAAAUUGGUUAAAGGAUUUGAAAAUGAAGCUAAUUUGUUAAGUACUUGGUCCAAAUAUUAUCCCAAAACCGAUAAGAAUGACAAGUAUAUCAAUUCGCCGUAUUUGUUUUAUAAUUACUACCAUAGAUAUGACUUGGAUCUUGAUUUAUUACUUUUGCAACCAAUUUUAUUAGGUGAUGAUAAUGGUAUUAGAACUCCAUACUUGGAGAAUUUGUAUUCUACUAUGUGUCAAUAUAGCAAGAUAAAUUCCGGAACUUCAAUCUUAUUCAAUAGAAACAUUGAUUCAAAUUCAAAUGGUACAUCGAAGAAAACUCAGAUGUUAGAAGAUGAAAUUAUGAGCUUGUCAUUAAAAGAAAACGAAUUAGAUACCAACGUGAAGAAUUUAGCAGCCAUAAAGAGUAAAUUAGAUAGUGACAUAUUAAACCAUGAGAAAACUUUGAAAGACAUCGAACAAAUAAUUUCUCAAUCAGAAGCAAGAUUAGCCUCAUUACAAUAUGAUUAUGAUAAAAGAGCAAAGUUAUUACAAUGCCAACAUGAAGAAAGAGUCAGAAAUUUGGAAGUCCAAUACCAUAGUAAAAAACAACAACAUAAGCAUGCUACAUCUUCAUCAGAUUCUUCUUCUGUGUCUAUCCCAGCCCAACAACCUACACCUGCUUCGGAUGAUUCAGGAUUACCUCCUGAUACUUUGGCAGAUUUGGCAGAGUUGGCAGCAAAUGUCCAUUAUGAACCUGUUCUGAAUCGAGAUGUUGUUGCAACUGUAGAGAACAAUGAAGUCUUUACCGACGCUCGUAGUGAAGAUUUACCACCUCACUUGCUUCAAAAGGAAAUGGAAUUACAAAGGAGAGAACAAGCAUUACUUUUACGUGAACAACAUCCGCAUCAACAAGCACAUCCAAGACAUCCAUCAGUAAGCUAUCAACAACAACAGCUACUACCAGCACAACAACCAUACCAUGACGCAUCCCAACCAUUCCAAAUUCCACCAAAUGGAUAUGUCCAUGGCCAUAUGCAACCAAGACCAGCUACUCACGGAAACUUUGUUCCGUACGGAUACCCUGACCAACAACAACAACAACAACAACAAAUACCUCAUCAAAUCCGAACAACAGGUUCAAUGGUUGCUCUUAAUCAAUCAUAUCCUGGCACCCAACCUCAACCUCAACCUCCACAACCUAGAAGAGUCGGAUCCAUGCCUCAAACACACAUGGCACAACCAUACCAACAACCUUAUCAUGUCAGCCAAUCGGUAUAUGACACAACAUCCCCCGUUGACGGAUAUGCCGGUAUCGAUCCAAGAUUUAAACCAAUGCCUAAGAAACAAUUACGAAAAUCAACUAUGGGUCCAUUAGAUGGUGGAUUUGAAGGAUUGGAUAUGGGAGGUAGAGGUGGUAUGCCAAGUAGUCGGAAAUCGCUUUCUGCGAUUAAUACCUUGAAUUAUCAACCUGGGACACAUCCGCAACGGAAAUCACUCAAUAACUUGAAUGGAAUGGCCGUUCUGGCACCUCCUUCGGCCGGUGGAGCAAAUCGUCCGAUAACACUGUUUGGUGAAUCGAGAAAAUCUUCCGGAUCAAGCAAUGGAAAAUCUCUGGGUGGUGAAAUGCCUGAAGUUCCUACUUAUGGAAGUAGUGAUGCAAAACCAUUAGGUACUAUUUCCCAAUCUAAUACAGCUGGUGGUUCAGCUAAGAAGAAGAAGAAGGGGAUCUUUUCCAGAUAA